UGCUGGGCAUGUCGAAAACAUUCCAGUUCAUCUUACUUUACUUCGUUCUUGCUGUGCUGCAUAGCCCUUGUAGUGCCGAUCCUCCAUAUCCAUAUUGUUCUAAUGUUACAUCAAGUAUUUUGUUUCAGAAUAAUCUCAAUCAAUUCUUCUCUUAUUUAUCCACUAGUGCUUCUCUUUCAAUCUUCAAAAAUUUCACCAUUGGAAAUGAAACAGAUAGAGUCUAUGGCCUCUUCCUCUGCCUUGGAUUUGUUACCUUAGACAACUGCAAGAAAUGUGUGGACACUGCAAUUCAAGACAUUAUAGAACUUUGUCCCAAUAAUGAAGAAGCAACUGUGUGGGAAGAGUAUUGUCAGCUAAGAUACUCAAACAAAAGUUUCUUUGGACAUACAGAUGAUGCCGGAAAUCUCCCUCUAUGGAACAGGAAAAAUAUUUCCGAUCCAUAUAAGUUCAGGCAUGUUGUGAGGGAGCUGUUGAAUAACCUUUCUAGUCUGGCUGCUUUCGAUCCUUCCAUGGGCAUGUAUGCUAUAGGGAAAGCUAAUCUUACCAUUGAUGAAACGGUAUAUGGUCUUGUGCAGUGCACUAGAGACUUGUCUGGAAAUGAUUGUUUUAAAUGCCUCAAAGAUGCAACAGAUGAAAUCCUAAGUUGCUGCUAUUUUUAUCGAGGGGCGAGACUUCUCAGUAGGAGUUGCUAUUUAAGGUAUGAGUUGUAUGCUUUCUAUGAAGGAGCUGUUGAAGCUUUCCCUCCUCCCCCAAGUACAGGUAAUUAG